CAGAACGCGCACAAAUAUUCCACCAACUGUGCUGAUGGCUGAUGCGAGGAAGCUUUAUGUUAAAAAGUGACAGAAACCACCACUAUUGAGUAUUUGACCAUAACAAUAUUCACAGCAUCUGCUCCCAUACCUCUCUUUACACGUCCAUCUCCCCCCAGCCACAAUCAACAAACAGACAAACCAAAAGAGCCCAUCAAAGCAGCAAUGGCUGCUCCAUAGGUCAGCAUUACCAAAACCCAGAAAGAACGAGCGUAAUUUGUCUGUAAUUCUCAAUACCCAUUUGUCCCAAACCAAAUAAAGUUGAAAAAAAGGAAACUUUCCUUAUUUACCUUGGUUUUUUUUUCCCAGCUUUAUUGAUAUCUAGAGCGUGAUUGCAGAUCUAUUAUUGAUUGUAUUUUGGAGUUUUAGGGGUGUUGUUGGUGCAGGGUAGUGAUUAGUUUAUUGAUAUUGUAUCUGGUUUCAUUAGAUUCGAUUAAUUGGGAUCCUUGUACGGGGGUUGGGGAGUCAUGACGCCAGAUCUGGUGAUGUAAUUGCAAGAAUCAGAAGUUUUUCUUUCUCGGUAAACAACACGCGCCGUCGAGAAAACAAAGCGCAGGUGUUGUUGUUUGGGUAUUGGGAAUUUUGAAGAUGGACUUGGAUGAUUUUCGAUUGGUGUUGGAGAGGUCAGGCGUGGAUGUUUGGACUUUCAUCGAUACCGCGAUUUUGGUUGCUUCGUUGGAUAACGAGGCCGAGUUGAAGCAGAGGAGGGAUAAGAUUGUGGAGAGACUGUACGCGGCGAGUCUGGUGAGUCGGUGUACAAAUUGUGAUCUCAGUGGUGGUUUGAGGGCUGCAAUCAAGACCGCCACCGUCGAGAAAGAAAGCAGCCCGGAAGUCAAACCCCAAGGCUCGCCUUCUACGCCACAUUCCAUCAAUGGAGAUGAUGAUUUGGAUCCAUAUGGAAUGUUGUUUGAAGAUGAACAGAAUAGGAUUCUUAAAAUCAAGGAGCAUCUUGAAGAUCCUGACCAGUCUGAAGAUUCUUUGGUCGAUCUGCUUCAAAGUUUAGCAGACAUGGAUAUAACAUUCAAAGCUCUCAAGGAGACUGACAUUGGAAGGCAUGUGAAUCGCUUGCGAAAGCAUUCAUCCAAUGAUGUUAAGAGACUAGUGAAGCAUCUUGUCAGGAAAUGGAAGGAUAUUGUAGAUGAGUGGGUGAAGUUGAAUCAGCCCGGAGAAAAUGCAUCCUCUGCACUUAUGGCUUAUGGAGAUUCACCGCAGGAGAAAAUCAGCCAAAAUGGUCAUCAUCAGGUUCCUGAUUUUGCAUACUCUCCAAAUCCCCACAAUGGGAGUUCUGGGUCUGACAAGAACAUUUCUGAACCGGAACCGAAGCAGCCGAAAGUGAUCCCCAGAAGGGAAACUCCAACUAUACCCAACCGGUCUCCAUUAGCAUCUGGUUCUGCUCCUCAAAUUGUCCAGAGACAAAGAGAACAAAAAGAGAGCACAUUUGAUUCAGACAAGCUGGCCUCGGCAAGCAAACGGCUUCAGGCAAACUACAAGGAAGCAGAAAAUGCCAAAAGGCAAAGAACGAUCCGAGUGAUGGACAUUCACGAGAUACCAAAACCCAAGAAUGCCUUCUUUGGAAAGAACAGAGGUGGUGGUUCUCAUGGGAGGCACUGGUGAUUUUGGCAAAAAAAGCCAGAGAUUUACUACAUUUUAAUACGAGGGAUUUUGGAAAACAGUGGAAAAUCCCUGAAUUGGGUUUUCUUUUUUAUCCUUUUCUUCGUUUUGCUUAAAUUGCUUUUGACUGUUGGGAAAGAAAAAACAUUUUCUCUGAUUUUCUUUCUUUAAUAACAUAGAAAUUGAAGAGGACUGGAAAAAAAGUCCCAUUUGGGUUGGGAACCUGGAUUGAAUGCUUAGGCUUUAUAUGAGGGGUUGUGUUGUCAGUAGUUGGGCCUUUUGUGCAUAUUUUGUAGGGGUUGUGACUGGUUUAUCUAAGGUGGUUCAAUUAUGGUCCUGUCCAAGAUUUAUACGGUUUGUAAGGAUUCAUUGACUGAUUAACAUCAUUAGUAAUGUAGGUCUCUAGCAGCUGAUUAGUGGUUGUACCCAUUAAAAGAGGCAAUUUUGGGAGUU